AUGGCGUUGAUGAGCAAGCUGGCUCCAGCAACUGGAGCACUGCUCCGACCAACUUCCUACAUUAUGCCGUCGAUGCGCGAAUCUCACGCUGCCGUUUUCCGUAAACGUCCUGGCCAGCUUAUUGUAAAUCGAGUCAAGGUGAAUAAUAUUUAUAUUUUUCACUUUGAGUAAAGUAUUGAGAACUUUUUGAAAAAAAUUGCAAUGCUUGCAACGCGUUAUAAAAUUUUUUCGAAGGAUUGAUGUCUUUCUGGUUGUGGGUUUUUCUAUUGGGUUUCAUAAUUUUUUAAUAAUCGUUUCAUAAUCUCACACGCAUUCACAUUCGCAAAGGGUUUAUAAUUUUUUUGUAGGAAUAUUAUUAUUUAUCUGAUUUAUUUCAGGAUGUUUGUCACUUUUACUUCAUCGGAAUCGGUUUCCUGCCUGUUCUUGUGUGUCUCGCAUACAACCACAUCGUCUAUGGCACUUGCGAGUUAAAAGACUAUCCCACAGAGGUUUUAUAUUACUUUCUUCUUUAUUUUAACGGUGGUAUGAAAAAUAAAACACCAACGAAAAUUCAAACGGCGACUUUUCCGAUUUUUUCAUAUCGCUAGGGAACUUUCCGACUAACCCCUUUCCGACGAAAUUUUUUCCGACCUUUUCCCCUUAUAUUUUUCAGUUUUUAAAACAUCUAUAAACAUUUUUUUUUUCCUAUUUCUUUGUGUUUUAAUCAUGUACCAACUACCUACUUUGUAUAGGAAGAAUUAAAACGAAGUUUUUAUCGAGAAAAAAAGUCGGAAAAAGAUUCGUCGGAAAGUUCUCUAGCGAUACGAAAAAAUCGGAAAAGUCGCCGUUUGAAUUUUCGCUGGUGUUUUUUUUUUCAUACCAUCAAAAUCCAUUGUGUCUGCACAAAUUUACGUUUAUUGUUAUAUGCGACAAUACUUUUGAGACACCCUGUAUAAUGAAAAAGUUGUAGUUUUUAGGCCUAUUUAUUUUGGCAUGCUGGAAAAAGUCAUUUUUCCGUUUUUUGAUAAAUCUGUUCAAAAAAUUUUUGAAAUUUUUUUUUUUUCUGAAUUCUCCCAUCUCCGCCAGAAAAAUGCUUUCGAAUUUAAAUUAACACUAUUUCGCACAUAUCAUAUUCCGAUUUCAGAUCAAAAAAAAGUUUUUGACCGAACUUCUUUUUCAAAAAAACACAUAAUCUUCUAUUUUUGUGCCUCUAAUAUAUGGGUUCUCGAAACUUAAAACUUAACCAAAAUCGAGAAUUUUGUGCAUUUUGGCGACUUGAAAAACUCGAACUGAAAAAAUUCAAAAAAUGGAUAUUCCUAAAAAUUACCGACCCGACCUACUUUUCCAGCAUGUCAUUUUCGGAAUUUCCUAUCUUAAAAUUGCGUUUUUCUUUAUAUCUAUUCACAGUUUGUGUGCAAAAAAAAAGAAAAAAAAUGGUUAAAAAGUGUUUUUGCUGGAAAUUAAAACUAUAAAAUUUUCUUUAUGUUUCUUGCCACCUUUUUUAAGCUUUUCGAUACACGCGCGGCGUUUUUUUAAAUUGUGAAAAAAAGUAGUACUUGAAUGACGUUCCCAACUUUUUGUAUACUAGGCCUUGACUAUUGCCAAGACUUUUUCGAAUCCAAAAAAUAUGUCAAGAGGAAUUAUUUGUUUUUCAAAUUCAAGUAAAAACUCAACAAGUGAAGAUUGCAUUGAAAAAAAAGAAUAAAAUUCAAACUAAUAAUGAUGAAAAAUCACAUUUCUAAGGAGAAUGAUCCUUUAAGAGUGAACCGAAAAAUUAAAUCCAAGCGGACGUUUUGGCCGCUAGAGCAUUCAGCUCAUUUGAAAAGUAACAAAGUACAUGAAAAGAAUGUUAUUUGGGUUCUUCAGGGUCCUCCACCGCAUUACUGGCAGUUUGAAAGGACGCCAGUCCGUCAGUGGUGGGCCAAGUGGUUUGGAGUUUCCGACGUCGAACACCACGAGAGGAACCUCGCAUACUACGAAAAGCAAGGAAUUCUAGCCCGGUGGAGGUGAUCUUGUUCUCUCAACGUGAGCUCAAGUUCUGACGCAGACAAAUCGAGCAGCGCGUGAAGCAUUUGCAAGGCGAACGGUGGGACUACAAGGGCUGGAGCUAUCAGCCGGUGUCCGCCACGUGGGUCGACUACAGCAGGGCGCACCAGUUGCGCAUUAAAAACCAGUACGAGCAGCAUGGCCACUAUCCUCAGUAAUCUCAGGUUUGUUCUCUACAUUGACGUUUAUUCGUUGAUUCAUGCAUAACCUCUUGAAUAACUCCGACGGUCAAUGCAAUUUUGAAUUCGCGUUAUCCGUUAGAAGGGUACUCUAUACUUUCAUUAUUUUCCAAAAAAUGGCUAGAAUUUUUGAAGGCAUGCGCUUCAUGAGCUGUCUAAUUUUUUCCACAGUUUUGAAAACUUGUAAAAAAAAAACGUUUUUUGAAGUUUGUCGAGGGCUCCUGAAAAAACAGAAUGGUCGUGAUUGAAACAGUUUCAUUCUUGAUAUCAAUCAAAUUCCGUGUAUCUUCACACGGAGUGGCAGCUCUCUUUUAAGAGAUUAAAAUCAGUCGAGGCUGCCCUAGAGUUUACACGGCCUCCGUGCCCGAGCCCCACCAUCACCGCCGUGCCCAUAACCGCGAAGCUGAGGGAUUUACUUGUGGAAGAACGGGGUGAAGGCUUGUAAGACCAUGCUUUCUAUUCAAAUAACUACAUUUUUUGUUUUAUUUUUCGCCAAAGGCGGUGUUAGCACCGCUCAAAAAAGCAAUGUUUCCACCGCGCAGCCGAUUCCAGAGUUUUUUUUUAAAUUUUGAGCUAUAACGAACAACCGCCUUCGGCGACCAAAAAGUUCAAAAAUUUAAUCGAAAGAGUUGAAAACAUGGUCUUAUGGUCCCUCGUUCUUCUAAGCGUAGUCCUUUAGUUGCCAAUUGACGAGAUCGUAACACGGCGGGUUUUGUUCUGGAGUCCGGAGACCGUGCUCUAGGUGGAAGCCUCGGAAUGAGAGUACACACUUCGAGUAAAAAGUUGGAAACGAAGCUCACGCUCCUACUAGAACCAUGUUUUUCAUGUAGAUGUAUGUACGAGCUCGCUCACUUUUUCUCCGAUAAACGGUGUAAAUUAAUCAAAUAAGCCAUGUCGAAAAACAAAAGAACAAACGUUUUGAGCCUCUAGAGAAAAUAAAUAAGACAAUUUGAAUCGAAAGUACGCGAAACUUUGGUUAGAAAUAUCUCUUUGUAUUACUAAACUUUCAGAUAG